CUCCUUGAGUAGAAGUAGUGGGGAAUGCUGUUACCAAGUUACUAGCGUGAGGGGAGUGAGUUAAACAUCUCUGAUUUAUAGAGUGCUUUCUAGAUUAUGGAAAAUUGUUUACACGAUUGUUGGUAGCACUGAUCAAGAAAUAUUUGAAGAAUCCUUUUGGUAAAAGUUUGUAAACAUUGGUACAACGCAGCAUCCAUUUUGAAAGCGAAGCUACUCGAAAAGCACGUUAAACUGCUCUUCACACUCUUCAGGCGGAAGCAUUCAUUUGUGCUAUUUUAGUGCCAUUAUAACUUGUGUAUAGUUUCGUUAACAAUUAUAAGGCGUAACUUUAUAAAAUAAAAAACAAAAUGCAAGGAACUAUCAUAGAAAACUUAAGUGGUAGAAAACUUUCGGUACUUGUAAUACUGCUUAUUCUUGCGCAAAUUGUUUGUUUUCUAAUAGGCGGGCUCAUUGCUCCAACACCUGCUAGUAGUCAAAAUAUACUUGGUACACCGUGCAAAGAUAUUCGUGUAAAUGGAUCUGAACCUGGAGGAGGCAAAUGGUUUUAUUCAAGGGGAAAGGGAUCUUGUAUUCCUGUUGAUAUGAAUCGUUUUAGCUUUGAUAGUCAUCAUCAAGCAUAUCAAGUUGUUUAUACUUUUCAAAUGCCUGUUCCACGAAACAGUAUGCAACUUGAUUAUUCUAGAUGGCAACAAAAUUUAAUUGGUGUUUUACAAGUGGACAUUGCUUACCAUAGCCAAAUAGAAAUUGCUCCUAGAACUAAAAUAACAUUGGAUGCAAGACUUGCAUAUAGGAACAAAGGAGAUUCUGAUGAUGCUUGGAAACCAUAUGCUGCCUCUGUGGUGGAAAGGAUUUUAGAUUGCAGUAUUGAUGAUGCAAUGGAACAGUAUAACUAUAAUUGCAGCAUGGUACCAUUAUUUGAAUUGGGAUCCUUAUUUCAUGAUUAUUAUCUUUUAAAUAUCCGCCUUCCAGCUGACACUGACAGAAACAUUAAUCAGGGUUUAGGGCAUAUAACUGAUUUGUGGCUUACUGCUAUCAAUCAGAAUGGUGGAUUCACAAAGGUGUGGGUAAGUUUGAAGACCAUUUAUUUCCCAAUUGUCAUUUGUGUCCUUGCGUGGUACUGGAGAAGAGUAAACAUGCUUUCACGAUCACCUGCUCUCUUGGAAUAUUUGCUGUUAGCACUGGGCACAGCAUUAUCAUUUCUGAAUAUGCCUUUGGAGUACUUGACACUAGCCUAUGACAUGCCAUUUAUGCUUUUAUUGGGUGAUAUUAGACAAGGAGUAUUCUAUGCUACUCUUUUGUCUUUUUGGCUUGUAUUUGCGGGAGAACAUCUUAUGAUACAGGAAGGUGAACAAAGAAAUUCCUUAAAAUGUUAUUGGCGUCAUCUUUCUGCAGUAGGCAUUGGAUGCCUGUCAUUAUUUGUAUUUGAUAUGUGUGAACGUGGAGUACAAUUAAGAAAUCCAUUCUAUUCAAUAUGGGUUACAGAUUUGGGAACUAAAUUUGCUUUAUCAUUUAUAAUUUUAGCUGGGGUGUCGGCUGGUGUAUAUUUAAUUUUCUUAUCUUACAUGAUAUGGAAAGUAUUUAUGAAUAUUAGUGCAAAAAGAGCUGCAUUACCUAGUAUGAGUUCUGCAAGACGUCUACAUUAUGAAGGCGUAAUAUAUCGGUUUAAGUUUUUGAUGAUAGCAACCUUAUUGUGCGCUUCUUUAACUGUCAUUGGAUUCAUUCUUGGCCAAGUUGCUGAAGGUCAGUGGAAAUGGGAUGAAGAAAUACACUUAGAAAUGACAUCAGCAUUCUUUACUGGUGUAUAUGGCAUGUGGAAUAUUUAUAUUAUAGCACUGUUAUGUCUAUAUGCUCCUUCCCAUAAGCAAUGGCCUAUUGAACCAUCUGAAAAUAGUCUUAGCGAAGAAAUAGAAUUUUCACGUUUAUCAACAGAUCCCAAUGAAAUGUUAUCUCUGACUGCGUUCGCGCGAAAAACAGCUGUAGAAUGAAUAUCGUAAAUAUUUUACAAAGCACUAGAAAAGUGGCAAGUUGACCAGUCAAAACUUUUGUACUUAAAUUCGUCGGACUAUAAAUAUGGUUAAACUACGGUUUCUCAAUAUUUAUAAAAGACGGUGACUGAUAAUACUCUAAUAAGUAAUCAUUUCAUGCCAAAAUCAACUAUUUAUUAGGAUCAAUAUUUUUUAAGCUUCACUUUUAAAUACAACAUAACAUCUAAGGUGCGAUUUUUACAAAAAUAUUUAACUGAAUGUUUAGUGUUUUAAUAAUGCAGUGAAUCCAAAGUCAUUUCUAGAUUCAUCAUUAAUCUCAUUUAUAUACGUGAUUAUGAUAGGGUAACGUGUACUACGCAUAUUUCGUGGGACAUUCCAUUUUAGAUUUAAUCAACACCUACUGAAUAAGAUUCUUUUACACACUCGGACAUGAAACAGUCAUAAUACUAUUACCAUAAUUAUAAUAGCUACCCCUAACCCAACAAGUACUUUUAUGAACUUUCCUUUAAGGACGUGUAAUCUAUUCCGUCGUUUUAUAUACAUAUCAAUAUUGGGCAUUUAUUGACAUUUUUACGUGCAUUUCAUUUUCAUAGCGAUAGCGAUGUGUAUCCAACAUCCUUUUAGUCUGUGUUACUAUUAUAUAAAAAAAUAUCUUUUGGCAGUAUUAAGUUUUUCAGUAUAUUUUGUUUAAUUUUCAUCCAUUGUUUGAAUAAUUUUUUUACAUUUUUAUUUUCUAGGACAUACAUGCAUGGAAGUAAGAUUAAAAGAAAAAUGGUGCAAUAAAUCUCUAACAUUUUAAUAGAAAAUCUAGUGCACAUUAGUUACAUACAUAGAGUACUUAUACUUAAAACAGUAGGUCUAGUAUUUUCUAUGCCUACUAAUCUAUUUAAUGAAACAGAUCAAUCAAUAACGAUUUUGAUAGAAUAUUUUGUAUUGUAUAAUUCAUUGUUCUAUUUUUAAAUAAUUUUAUAAACGUGACAGGUCCAAUAUAUCAAUAAUACAAAAGAUUCAUAUUUUUAUGUGUCAUGACAUUAUACAAUUUUGGUGUAGUGUUUAAUUUAUUUACAUUUUUCUAAUGUAUCAAACAUUUUUAUAUUCACAAUUUUAUACAUUUUUUAAAUAAAUCAAUUUGUUAGAAAAGUAU